AUGAGCAAGCGACAGCGCGACACCGAGGCGAAGGGGGAUGCUGUUCGACACGCCGUUGAGCUAAUAUGCCAACGUUCCGUGAAAGACACGGAGGUGAAAGAGGCUGCCUUGACGCCCCUUGAGCAGCAGGUGGUUCGUCUCAAGGAGUCCUUGCCGCCCGACGUCGUGCUGAUGGUGGCGUGUGGUUAUCGUGUAAAGUUUUACGGUCGCGAUAGCCGCGUGGCAAGCCGCCGUUUGGGUAUCAUGUGCAUUGGCACGACUCCUUUCGAGUCAAGUAGUAUACCCUACGUGCGGGUAAACCUGUACGUUCAUCGCCUUGUGGCUAUGGGUUAUCGUGUGGCGUUUGCUGAUCAAGAGAGCGCCUCCAUUCGCACAACCAGUGGGACUGCAAAGGGUAUUUUCACCCGAGAGAUUGCACGAGUGUGUAGCCGGGGAACGCUGCUGCCGUCUGAGGUCAUUGGUGCCGCCACCCCGGGGUCUGCGGCCACCACCACCACGACGGCGUCUCAUACUGCUCAAUCGGCUGAUGUGGCGGAAGGUGGGGUGGAGGAUGACGGGCCAGAGCCAGACGGUAUGGAUGUUUCCAUAAAGGAAGAGUCUUCAGAGUUGUUCAUGUGUUUUAUAAAGUCCUCUGCGUCAACAUUGUCGCCACAAGCACCGGGAAUUUCUGCGUUGGAUAUAACACUCGUCAGCUUCGUCACGUAUACCGUGCGGCGUCACCACAUUGCAUCCGAAGUGGAGCUGUUGGAUGUCCUGCACCGCUACGAGAUUGUGGAGGUGGUGCUCCUUUUCGAGCCUCACCAAGCGACGGGCGCGAAGGACAUGGCAUCGCCCUCGUCGCCUUUGCAGUACUUACCGGAGGUGUACGCCGCUUGUCUAAACGAGGUUCUUCCGCUACAUUUUGGCCCCACCAUCAACGGGGAGGAGGACGGGCGGUCGAUUUGCCUCGCCGCGUUUGAGUGCGUGGGCUCCGUGGACGGGGCGAUUGCAGGGUACCUCGCACCCUACCGGCUGAAUAGAGUAUAUGAACAGCUGUGCGCAGAGGGUGGUCAGACGUUGUCAUUUAAAGGUGCUAUCGACAGUGCAACGCAGGCAAUGGAAUUGCCUGGCAGCACAUUAGGUGCGCUGGACAUUUUUCACAGCAGCAUCGGCGCCAAGGGCUCAUUGAUGGCGUUGCUUGACCACAGCCUCACUCUACCUGGUGUACGACGCCUGCGACUGUGGUUGUCAGCACCGCCGUGUGAUAUAAACACCAUCCUGUUACGUCGAAACGCCGUGUCAUUUUUGCUGCGUGGAGAAGAUGCCAGCGCUGUGGCGAAUUUGCUUCGCGAGUGUGCCAAGUUUGGAGACAUUGAGGCAACCUUAGGGAAGUUGCGGGCGCAGCGUUGCACAAUUGCUGAGUACGUCCAUCUUCUGCAUGCUGUGGAAACAGCUCACACUCUGGCGCGUGCCGCACUGUUUCGCAGUGAUGGGCAGAUAGAUGCUUUUAUUUGCGAAGCCUUGAAGAGUGUCACCUCUGUGGAGACGACCACUUUUCUCCAGUCUUGUAAGUCUGAAAUGGAGUCCCACGCGACCUCCCCGUUUGAAUACUUCACAUCCCCUGGCGUUUCUACCCCUACUUCCAUGCAGACUCACUUGAUGGCUCGUGAUGAGGCACUACGCGCUCUUGAUGAAGAGCUGGAGUCUAUUCGCCAGACACUGCAUAUGCCGGAGUUAGAGUACCGCACCAUUGCAGGGACGCCAUUUAUUGUGGAUGUGCCACAGGCAAAAUGCAGUCGUGUCCCAAAGGACUGGCUGGUGCUGACCCGGACCAAAAGUCAUGUGCGGUUUCACACAUCAAACAUUGUUGAUCUUAAUGUUGCCCUUUCUUCUUCCAGAGAACGUCUUUCUGUUGCGGCAAGAGAUGCAUGGCAGCAAAAGCAGGAGGAAUUGGCGAACACUUCUUCAGCCAUGAAGGUUUUUCAGACCGUUAUCGAUGCCGUGGCUGUUUUGGAUGCAAUUCGGUGCCUGUCGGUGACAUCGUCCUCCCCUGGCUAUACUGAGCCUCAGCUCUCAGACGAUGCAGCGUGUCUGAAGAUUGUUGGCGGUCGUCAUCCAGUACUGGACAACAUUUUGCAGGGUAGUUAUGUGAGCUGUGAUGUUUGCCUGGCGAAGGGUGGGACAUGGAUCCUGACUGGACCCAAUAUGGGUGGCAAGUCUGCUCUUAUGCGCAUGGUUGGCGUGUUUGUUAUCAUGGCGCAGCUUGGUUGCUACGUUCCGGCGAAUGCAGCCCAGUUGCCUCUGUUCACCGCAGUGUACUGCCGCAUGGGGGCAACUGACUCGCUGCUGGAAGGAGCCUCCACUUUUUUGAAGGAAAUGGAGGAAACUAGCCGCAUUCUGCGCUCGCCGCACGUGUCAUCCGCGCUUGUGUUGUUGGAUGAGCUGGGAAGAGGCACAAGCAGCUUUGACGGUAUCGCCGUUGCUGCGGCGACACUUGAGUACCUGCUUCAACGAGGCACGACGACAAUGUUCGUGACCCACUACACACAUCUGUGUGAGCCGUACCGUCAUCCUACCACCGAGGGAGGACGUGUGUCGUGCUAUUAUAUGGGGUUUCGUGAGGGGCGAAGUGAGACGGGUGAUGGAAUCCCCAAACUGGUCUUUACAUACAAGCCAACACCGGGUGUGACACCGUCCAGCUUUGGUGUGCGGGUGGCACGCAUGGCAGGGCUUCCACCGGUUGUUUUGGCGGAGGCGCAGCGGAUCAGUGAAAUAGAGGAGAGAGAGCAGAUGGCGCGGAUGGCGUUGCUGCGUUUAAGGCGCUUUGUGCAGACGUCUUCUAUUUAA